UAAGUUAAUCUUCCAUCGUGACUGGAGAAAAACAGCUCAAGUCAUUUUAACAUUUAAUCCAUUUUAGUUUCCUAAUGUGUGUAAGGUGUGAAGCGUUCAAAGGUGAAACAUAUAAUGAUGCAGCAGCCUGUAACUAUGAUAAAAAGCGCCAUAACUCGGGGAUUAGCUUUCUAGUCUUGGGUUAAAGUUUAACUUCACUUUAACAGAGUGAAGUACAAAUGUGGUCAGUGCUACGGUCUCGGGUUUUUCAGGCUUCUGUGACACUCGUUACAUUCAGGAUGGUGCAGAAGUCAGUGGUGGUGGGUUUGGCGGUGCUGCUAAUUGCUGCAGUUGGGGUAUUUUUGGGUGUUUUCUUUGGAUAUAGGGGUAAAUUUUCACCUGUCGUCAGUGAGAAAUUGUACAAACAUGCCGCUGUAGCAGCCGACGCCGGGCCGUGCUCUGAAGUUGGCAGAGACAUACUCCAAAUGGGUGGUUCUGCUGUAGAUGCAGCAAUUGCUGGACUGUUGUGUGUAGGUUUGAUGAAUGCUCACAGUAUGGGGAUUGGAGGUGGCCUGUUCCUCACUAUCUACGACGCUAAAAAAGGACGAGUGGAAACGAUUGAUGCUCGUGAAAUCGCGCCGGCUAACUCUUCUCGGGACAUGUUCAGGAACAGCACCGAUCUUUCUCAGAGAGGCGGCCUUUCCAUCGCCGUUCCUGGUGAACUUCGAGGAUAUGAGCUGGCUCAUCAGCGUCAUGGAAAGCUGGCAUGGAAAGACCUGUUCACACCGAGCAUCAAACUCGCAAGGACUGGAUUUCCUGUAGGUACAGCCCUCGCUGGAGCCAUUAACCAAAGGAGAAGCAUUAUUCUCAAUGACGCGAAUUUAUGUUCUGUGUUCUGCAAUAAAAAUGGAGGUAUUUUAAAGGAAAAUGACACUAUCACCUUCCAUAAGCUGGCAGAAACCUAUCAGCAGAUUGCAGAGGAAGGGGCAGAGGCUUUUUACAAUGGGACAAUUGCAGAAAAUCUUGUUAAGGACAUUAGGAAAGCAGGGGGCAUUAUAACGAUUGAAGAUUUACUAGAUUACACGCCAGUGUUGAAUGAAAAUCCCCUAAAAGUACCAGUGGGUGAAUUUACAAUGUUUGUGCCAAACGCUCCAUCCAGUGGCCCCGUUCUCACCCUCAUCCUCAACAUCCUGAACGGUUAUAACCUCAACAAAGACAGUGUUUCCAACACAGAAAAGAAAAUUCUCACAUAUCAUCGUAUAGUGGAAGCUUUCAAAUUUGCGUAUGCUAAACGCAGUGUUCUGGGAGACCCCGAAUUUCUAAAUAUCACUGACUUUAUCCAGACCAUCACAUCUAAAAGCUUUGCAGAUUUAAUCCGGCAGAAAAUUACAGACAACACAACACAUAACGAGAGUUAUUACGAACCCCAAUAUUUUCUCCCAGAAAAUCAUGGGACGUCUCAUAUUUCUGUAGUGGACGCUGAUGGAAAUGCUGUUGCUGCAACCAGCACUAUUAAUCAGUUUUUUGGCUCCAAGGUCAUGUCCCCAUCUACUGGAGUGUUGUUAAAUAAUGAAAUGGAUGAUUUCAGUUCUCCUCUGAUAGUCAAUGGAUUCGGUGUUCCACCUUCACCUAAUAACUUCAUUGUACCAUAUAAGCGGCCCAUGUCGUCUAUGUGCCCAACAAUCCUGUUGGAUAAAAAUAAAAAGGUUAAACUGGUAGUUGGGGGAUCAGGCGGGACAAAAAUAACAACAUCAAUUGCGAAGGUCAUUUUAAACUCCUUGUUCUUCAAAUAUGAUCUGAAGAAAGCCAUUUCCGAUCCCAGACUUCAUCAUCAACUCAGCCCAAACUUCACUGUGGUAGAGCCAGGGUUUGAUACGGCUGUAACAGAUGGGCUUGUUAAGAAAAAUCAUGUGAUUGAGAAGUUGACCUCAAUGGGCGCUGUGGUUCAGGCCAUCCUGCAAAAGGAAAACGGUCUAUACGCUGAAUCUGACCCUCGAAAAGGAGGAUACGCUGCAGGAUACUGACAAGCCUCCUUUUGUUCCUGUUUAUUUAUCUGUAAUUGUCUUAUUAUCUGUUUAGAUUUUGUAGCUUUAGUAAUAUUAAAAUGAUCAGACUGUCAUGUGACCUCAAGGAGAUUGACAUCAUAGAUUGGUCAUAGUUAUGAUGUUGCAGACUGUAAACCGUAAGUUUAAACCAGACAUCUGAAUCAUGUCUUAGCAUGUGACUUAACAAAUUAAAGAUAAAAAUAAAUGUUAUAACCAAUGGUGGGCAAAGUACAAAAAGGCAGUGUUUGAGUAAACGUAAAUCUAACCCUGGUAAAAAUUACUCAAGUAAAAGUCAUCUAUUUACAGUACAUGUCUACUUGAAUAAAAGAACAAAAGUACUCACCUACGAAUUUACUUAAGAAUUAAAAGUACACGGCAUGUUUUAGCUUACACUGGCUUUUUUCAUAGUAAAACAAUUGCAUGCAGAAAUGCCUUGCAGGAAUUUAGUUAAAGAAGUAAAAGUACAGAUAUUUGCUGUACAAUGUAGUGGAGUUAAAAUAGAAAUAUCCUUAAAAAAAACACUUAAGUAAAGUACAGAUAUGUGCAAUAUGUACUUAAGUACACUAACAAAGGAAAUGUACUCAGUUACCUUCCACCUUUGGCUA